CAGCUGUAAAGAAAAAGCAGCCAUUUUUUAAUGCGCGCGCAGUAGGGAUGCGCAAUGCAAUACUAGGGAAUGACAUUAAAUGAAACGCUAAACCUGUUGCCUUUUUUCAUCUACACUCCAGCUCACAGCACGGUGAGUAACUUGUCAUUUACUCCGAUGACAACUUUUCGUUAGCAAAAGCGUGUAAACAAAAUGCAACAAAUUUCCCCCCCUGAAAGAAAGAGACCGCUCACCGUUAUGACCUGGGACCAAGCUUGUGAUCCAAGCCUCCUCCAUUUGCCUGCAGAGCGCCUGGCAGUCAUUGCAUUCAAAAUGGCGGAUCACUGGGUCGCAGAGGUCUUUCCUCCAAAAUUUCAGUUUGGGAGUGUAGAUGAAUUGCUAAAUGGUCCAGAGGAAGAUGAAAAAAGUAAAGAAAAGGUUAAAUGUCUUGAUGAAGUGUAUCGAAGAGUUUAUUUUGAACAGGAAAAAGCCAAAAAGUCAACCGAUGAUGAGUUGCAUGUUGAUUUGGAGCGCCUUGAGAAAAGUCGGAAAAAGCGACUUGUUGGAAAAGAUAGAAAACGAGCAAGCAAGCAAAAACAAAAGGAUCAAGACGAGUGUAUAUGGAACGAAAGUGAAUUGAAAAUGCUGCGAAAGUUCCUACAGAAGGCUAAAAUGCAAAAUCUCAAACUCGCUGCCAUGUUGCAAUCGGCACAAGAUGAGAUUAAUACUUGGAAAGAAAAGGUUAAGGAGGUUACCGAAUCGGACGAAAUUAUGAAUAGCAGCUUCCGCAUUUUUAAAAAGAAAUACGAGCGACUGAAGGUAAAUUAUAGAGCAUUGAAGGACGACGUGAGAAAGUAUCACUCGAACUUGAAAGUUUCAAGAGAAGAAUGUGAACAACUAAAACUCGAGAGGGAUGACAUAGCAAAGUCACUCAGUCAAACAAAAGCAGAACUGAAUAUAGAAAAACUCAACAAUGAGCACCUUCAGUUAAGAUUAGAUAAAAAGGAAGAGGAAUGCACAGAAAAUCUAAAGAGCCAGGAACAAUUUUUGGAACAGCAACAUCUGCUUGAAAUAAGGAAAUUACAAAAAGAAGUUGCUAGGUUGACAGAGAAGUUUGAUGAAGAAAAGCAAGAUAAUGAUUUAAAUAAGAGAGCACUUGAGCACCUAAGAAGUCAUUUUGCCAAUUUAAAAGUCAGUCAGGAAAGUAAUGAUGGUACUAAUGCAGUAGUAAAUAUGUUAAGUGUUAUUGACAUUGACUAUCUGCCAGCAUAAAAUGGUACAAUGACCGAUGAGAUAAGACCUAAUCCAAUCAUAAUUGAAGAAGCAAGGUAUCCCUGCAGUGCUGAGCCAUAUUUUAACUGUAUUUGCAUUAAUUUUUCAGCUUCUGACUGUGAAGUCUAGUAAAUAAAUAUCUCUUUGACCAAACACAAAGGCUAUUCUGGGAGAUUAUUGACCCGAGGUCUUUACAGUAUGGACUGAGCACAGGAAUGUCUGUAUAAGUAAGACCAAGGGCAGAUAACCAAAUUAAGUUAAACAUACAUACUGUCAUGUAACAUAUCAUGUCAAUAUAGUCUGGGCCAAGUUUGGGAAACAAACAGAAUAUUAUCAUCCAGGCAUUAAUGAUAAAUAAACCAUUAACUUUAAGAAAGCAAUUCUAAUUGAAAAUAUUUCUACCUUCUCAAUUUUCAAUAUUUCUAUUCUUUUGAAUUUUCAUUUUAAUUCUAAUUGCGACCAAACUUGUCAUUUACACAUGUCUAGUGUUUUUAAAACAAAGCAAAGAAGGGUGAAAAAAAUGUAUGUUUUACCUGCAAGUUAUUUCUUUUAGGAAAGUCAAUCCAUGAAACUGUAAGAAAACCUUUCUGAGUGGUCGAAUGAGAUUAUAUGGGACAGCUACCCAAUCUAAAGUUUCCAAAAUAUUAAACUGGUUUAAUAGAGCAAUCUAAUUGGUUGAUUUUAAUGAUUGGGCCCCUGAACUAAUGUAGUCCUGUUAUAAUCUCAUUUAUAUGACUGAGAACAUUACUUCAUUGUGAUUUGCUGAGAGCAGGCAUAUUUAUCUCUACAUUAAUUUUAAAUAUGCAGUCACUGCAAAUUAACAUGUAUUUUUAAUUUUCUCAGUCAUUUAAAAAAAAGGAGCAUUAUUUUAUAAAAACUUGAAAUGAGAACUUAAGGAUUUAUACUAUGUUACUUGUAGCUGAAUAAAUUGCAACCAUACGGACUAUACGUAA